AAUUCCCUGUACAUGUACACUCCCCAUUCCAGAUUGCAAUCCACUCCAUCGAGAUAAAAACUUAAAACUCUCAUCUCAGCCCGAUCAAAAAUUGCUGUGCAACAGGCCAUAGAAAAAGAGAGAGGGAAAGGUUUUAGCAAUGGCAGGUGAUGGUGAAGAAGUGAGAAACAAACAGGUGCUAGCUAGAGACUACAUAGAUGGCAAUCCCAAAGAAACGGACAUGUACUUUUACACAAGUAGCUUAAGCUUGAAGGUGCCAGAGGGUUCAAAAGAAGUGUUGGUGAAGAACCUAUACUUAUCCUGUGAUCCUUACAUGCGAGGCAUUAAGGCCAAAAUCCCAGAUCGCCUUUUUUAUUCCUUUGCUCCCCAUUCACCAAUAGUUGGGUAUGGAGUGGCUAAAGUUUUGGAAUCUGGGCACCCGGACUUCAAGAAAGGAGAUUUCGUUUGGGGUGUAACCAAAUGGGAAGAAUACAGCCUCAUCACAAUGACUGAAAGCCUCUUUAAAAUCCAGCACACUGAUGUGCCCCUUUCCUACUAUACUGGACUUCUUGGUAUGCCUGGUAUGACUGCUUAUGCUGGUUUCUAUGAGCUUUGUUCACCAAAGAAAGGAGAAUAUGUUUUUGUCUCAUCAGCAUUUGGUGCAGUUGGCCAACUAGUUGGGCAAUUGGCCAAAUUGAUGGGUUGUUAUGUUGUUGGAAGUGCUGGAAGCAAAGAAAAGGUUGAUAUACUAAAGAGCAAGUUUGGAUUCGAUGAGGCUUUCAAUUAUAAGGAAGAGCAUGACUUGGAUGCAGCUCUAAAAAGGUGUUUUCCUGAAGGCAUUGACAUUUACUGUGAUAAUGUCGGAGGCAAAAUGCUUGAUGCAGUUCUCCUUAACAUGAGAUUCCACGGUCGUAUUGCAGUAGCUGGAAUGAUCUCACAAUACAAUCUUGAUCAACCUGAAGGCAUAAGAAAUUUAUUAUCUUUGGUAUAUAAGAGGAUUCGUAUAGAAGGAUUUACAGUGUAUGAUUACUAUCACCUCUUUCCCAACUUCUUAGACCUUGUGCUGCCUUACAUUAGAGAAGGAAAGAUAGCAUAUGUGGAAGACAUUGCUGAAGGCCUCGAAAAUGGCCCUGCAGCUCUUGUAGGAAUUUUUAGUGGCCACAAUGUCGGAAAGCAAGUAGUUGUAGUUGCUCGGGAGUGAUCAUUUUACCUCCUUUAGCAUAUGUAUUUUACACUUUUUUUUUCUUUUUUCUGUGUAAUACUUAUACAGCACCAUAUAUAAUGUUUCUCCCCAUUACCAUGGUGAAAGCCAUUGCUGCUUGACAGCCAUGGUAACUAGGUAAGUAAA